AACCCUUAAACCCUAAACAAAAAAAAGCUCGGGCCAGAGACACUCACACUGAGAGAAAGAAGCUCCGGCCAGAGACACACACAGCGAACUGAGAUAGACGCGGAGUAGAAAGUUAUUUCGAAGAAACAGAACUUAUCAAAAUCAAAAUUUAAUACAAUUAGGGUUUACCUAGCUACAAGGGGAUUGCUUUGGAUUGUAUAUCCUUUAUUUUUUUUUUCCUUUUUUGGGUUGCGGUGUUGGAGACAAAUUAUAUGCUUAAGCAUACAUUACACAUUUAUUAGUAAUUUUUGACCCAAUACAUUUUGUUAGUAUAUAUAGAUAGGUUAUAGAGAGGCUUUUUUAAGUUCUUUUUUUCAGAUGGCAAUGGACGGAAGUUUCAGUCUUGAACUUGCAGUAAAAAGGUUUCUGUCACGUUAUCCGGAGCUUGGAAGAAUCCAAAAGCUCAAUGAUCUUCUAAAUAAGGGAGAAAAGGUGACAGAAGAAGAAGUCAUAAGUGCGGUGACGGAACUGUUUUUGAAUCCAAAUUACACAAUCCACUUGAUUGGAUGUUUCAGGCCAUUGGCUCAGAAGAUCAUAGAUGAAGUUGUGUCCUUGCUUGGCCAGUUGAAUCUGCGUUCCAACCGGGAUGACGCAGCUGUAGACCCAAAAGAGUUUGCUAAUGCAGAAGGCGCUUAUUUUAUUGACCGUUUUGAUCGUGCUGGGAGUGGUUUGAUUCUUCAUGAACUUGCUUGCCUAGCCUUCUGCCGUGCCCUUGAUUUAAAUCAUUCUUUACUUGGGUCUAUGUUGGCUUACUUCAAAUUUGCUCCCCCUCCUUUCGAACGCAUAUUUAGAAAAAGAAUAGUUCAUAAGCAGCUUGAGGAUGCAAGUCAUUGCUUAUUUACUACACGGUUAUCUUACCGCCUCCUUCUUAUGGAACCAGAGAUCUUCUCUGUAAGAUGGGAUUGGUCCUGUUUUCUAGACCUUGUGAAGAUAACUCUAAAUCGUGAUCUCAUUCAUGGUUUUGAAGAUGAGGUAAUAUCAGACAUGAGAUGGUGUGGAAUACAAAUACUAUCCAUCACAUUGAAAAUGAGUGACAGAGCAACUGAAAAUUUUGGUGUUGGAGCUGCAGAGGCAGCUUCUUGUUAUUUGCGCUGGGAGGAGUUCUGUCAAGAUGUAGCUAUAGAGAAGGCUUGCUUGUAUGUUGAAUCAUCUGAACAAACGACAAUGAGUUCUGUUAAUGGAGGAGUAGAUUUUAGUCUACAAAACUUUGAGAAGCCGUGUGACCAUAAUUUACUGGCUUUAUCAAAUCAUUGUAAAAUUAAGCCAAUGCUUAAGAGCCGGAGGCUUGUUACGUGGAAUGAUAUAUCAGGAGGCAAACCAUUUGUAUUGACAUCUACAGUGAAGAGAAGUUUUGAAAUGGUCCUCUUAGCCGUGAGUCAAAGGUGGCCUAUUCUUCUGUAUGGCCCUGCUGGUGCUGGGAAAACUGCUCUCAUUAGCAAGUUAGCCCAGGAUUCUGGGAACCAAGUUCUUACGAUUCACAUGGAUGAACAAAUUGAUGGAAAAACAUUGAUUGGAACGUAUGUCUGCGCUGAGCAACCUGGUGAAUUUAGAUGGCAACCAGGGUCGCUUAUCCAGGCUGUUCUUAAUGGAUAUUGGGUUGUCUUCGAGGACAUUGACAAAGCACCAUCAGAUGUGCAAUCUAUCUUGUUACCUUUAUUGGAAGGUGCAAGCUUCUUCAUAACGGGUCAUGGGGAGGAAAUAACGGUACCAGAAAGCUUUCGGCUAUUUUCCACCAUUUCUACAUCAAAGAUUGAUGGAUUUUGCAGUAAGGAAGGUGGAAAUUCACUUAGCAUUCUUUGGAGGAGAGUGAUGAUUGGGCUGCCAAAUAAUGAUGACUUGCACAAUAUAGUGAAGGCACGGUAUCCAAAUUUGGAGCCUCUUGCUAGGAAACUUAUAGGAACUUUUGAAAGAGUUAACUCUGUCUGUCUGCACCAUAUUUUGGAAUUUCAGACUGGGAGUUUCACUCUUAGUGGAUCUCAGAGCAGGUUCUCAAUAAGGGAUCUCCUUAAAUGGUGUAAGCGGAUUGCAGGAUUAGGCUAUUGCCCUACAGAUGUGUUGACAGCUUAUGAAUGUCGCUGUAUCUAUCAAGAGGCUAUAGACAUAUUUGCGGCAUUUUCUGCAUCAACUGAGAUUAGGUUGGCUAUAAUGAAAGACAUCACAAAUUUGUGGAUGAUUCCACCCUCUGAGGCUGGAAUUCUAUAUCCUUAUAAACCUGAAAUUCAGGGUUUUCUUGCAGAACUAAAAAUUGGAAGAGUUACUGUUCAACGCCAAGAAACUGCGUUGCAUGGCCCUGAGAAACUUGUAAAGAUGCGUAGUUCUCUGCACGUACUUGAGAGAAUUUCUUGCUCUGUUAAGUACAAUGAGCCUGUUCUCCUGGUUGGCGAAACUGGAACCGGGAAGACUACACUUAUACAGAAUCUGGCUAUGAUGCUUGGUCAGAGGCUUACUGUUCUGAAUUUGAGUCAACAGAGCGAUGUUGCUGAUUUAUUGGGAGGUUUUAAGCCAAUAGAUCCACAAUCUAUUUGUGUUCUUAUUUAUAAGGAGUUUGAGAGUCUUUUUUCUAAGACAUUCUCUGUGAAGGAAAAUGAUAAACUUUUUGCCUACUUACAAAAGCAACUGAGGAAGAAGAACUGGGCAAUAUUGUUGAAUGCAUUUAAGAAGUAUGUAGAUAAUUUCCAAAAGAAAUUACAAACUGAGAGAUCUGGAUCUGGGAAGAAGCGGAAGAAACCUUUGGAUGGAGAAGAAAUGCUUAGAGCUUGGGAUAAUUUUUCUGUUAAACUUGAAACUGCCAUCAGGCAGAUUGGGGCUUCAUCUGGAAUGAUAUUUUCAUUUGUAGAGGGAGCCUUUGUAACUGCACUUAGAAAUGGUGAGUGGAUUUUGCUAGAUGAGAUCAAUUUAGCUCCUCCUGAGACCUUGCAGAGAAUUGUUGGUGUUCUUGAAGGAGACUAUGGGUCACUCUGUUUGGCUGAAAGAGGGGAUAUCAGUCAUAUACCUAGACAUCCUAGUUUCCGCAUAUUUGGCUGUAUGAAUCCUGCAACUGAUGCUGGAAAGCGAGACUUGCCCUACUCUCUACGAAGCAGAUUUACAGAGUAUUUUGUUGAUGAUGUGCUGGAUAAAGAAGACCUGAAAUUAUUUAUUAACAAAUUUAUGGAGGAAACCCGAUCAAAUAGUGAACUGGAACAAAGAAUUAUUGAUUUCUAUGAUACAGCCAAAAUGAGAUCUGAAGAAAGGCUGCAAGAUGGGGCUAAUCAGAAACCUCAAUAUAGUUUAAGGUCUUUAUACCGUGCACUCGAGUAUACCAGGGAGGCAAAGGGGAAGUUUGGAUUUCAGAAGGCAGUCUAUGAUGGCUUCUGUAUGUUUUUUCUUACUAUGUUAGACAAACCCAGUGCCAAGAUUAUGAAAGAGAUGAUCAAGAAUAAGUUGUUAGGGGGAAAGAAACCAUCAGCAGUACCGUUUGACGCUUAUUUAAAAGUUAAGAAAGACUCUUUUGAUGAUAUAUUGGAGAAUUAUGUAAUAACAAAAAGUGUUAAGAAGCAACUUGAGAACUUGGCACGUGCUGUUUUUAUCAAAAGGUAUCCAGUUCUCUUACAGGGGCCUACUUCUAGCGGGAAAACUAGCCUAGUUCAGUAUCUUGCUGCAAAAAGUGGUCAUGAAUUUGUACGGAUAAAUAACCAUGAACACACUGAUUUGCAGGAAUAUUUAGGUUCUUACAUAUCUGAUGCUCAUGGCAAGCUCAUAUUUCAGGAGGGUGUAUUGGUUAAGGCAGUCCGGAAUGGCUAUUGGAUCGUUUUGGAUGAGCUAAACCUUGCCCCGUCUGAUGUGCUGGAAGCAUUAAAUAGGUUGUUAGAUGACAAUAGGGAACUUUUUGUGCCUGAAUUGCGUCAAACUAUACGAGCCCAUCCAAAUUUCAUGCUUUUUGCAACUCAAAAUCCACCUACUUUUUAUGGUGGGCGUAAAAUGCUUUCUCGAGCAUUUCGCAAUCGUUUUGUGGAGGUUCAUGUGGAUGAGAUCCCAGAUUAUGAAUUGAUCACAAUUAUAGAGAAAAGGUGUAAAAUCCCUGCAAGCCGUGCCAAAAUCAUGGUUGAAGUCAUGAAGGAGUUGCAGCUGCACAGGCAGAGGAGCAAGGUAUUUGCUGGAAAACAUGGAUUCAUAACUCCUAGAGAUUUGUUUCGUUGGGCUAAUCGUUUGAAAACCUUUGGAAAUUCUAAAGAAGUAAUGGCAGAACAUGGUUACUAUCUUCUGGCAGACAGACUGCGAGACGAAGGAGAGAAACUUGUGGUUCAAGAAAUUCUGGAAAAGCAUCUCCGAGUCAAAAUUGUUAAAGAUAACUUGUAUCAGGGUUCAGGUGUAAGGGACUCUGAAUCUGCUGAAAGCGACUUGGAGAGUCUUGGAAACAUCAUCAUGACAAAAAGUAUGAAGAGAUUGUAUUUUCUUGUCAAGCGUUGUUAUGAGUUACACGAGCCUGUACUGCUUGUUGGUGAAACUGGUGGUGGGAAGACUACUGUCUGUCAAUUAUUGAGUAAAGCAUUGGGUUCAAAGUUGCACAUUUUGAAUUGCCACCAAUACUCAGAAACUUCAGAUUUUAUUGGGGGAUUCUAUCCUAUCCGAGAAAGAUCAAGGCUGACAUCAGAAUACAAAUAUGCAAUAGAGAAGUUGAAGCUGUCAAAGGCUUACGUCCACUUUCCUGAGGUCAUGGAAAUUUCUUCUGAUAUUGGUCAGGCUUCUUUGACUCUUGAUCAUCUUGCUGCAAUAAUAAGUAGUUAUAGACAGUGUAAGGUUUUAUGUCCUGAUGUUACUGCGCAAGAUCUUGAUGCUCUCGAGGAGAUAAAGUUGGAUCUUAGUCAGCUGUAUCAGAAGUGGCAAACAAUAUUUACGUGGCAAGAUGGGCCUCUUGUGCAAGCCAUGAGAGCUGGUGAUCUAUUUCUUGUUGAUGAAAUUUCAUUGGCUGAUGACAGUGUACUGGAAAGAUUGAACAGUGUUUUGGAGCCGGAAAGAAAACUGUCUUUGGCAGAGAAAGGAGGGUCUAUUAUGGAAAAUAUAACAGCUCAUGAAAACUUUUUAGUGCUUGCAACUAUGAACCCUGGAGGUGAUUAUGGUAAGAAGGAAUUAUCUCCUGCUCUUCGUAACCGGUUUACUGAGAUUUGGGUUCUUCCUGUUAGUGACCUGGAUGAACUUAGAGAUAUUGCUUCGAACAGGUUUCCUGGUCCAGAAUUUUUGUAUAUUGUUGAUUCUAUGAUAAAUUUCUGGGAGUGGUUCAACCAGUUACAAGCAGGGAGAGUGCUUACUGUAAGAGAUCUCCUAUCUUGGGUUGAGUUUAUUAACAUGACUAAAGAGAGUUUGGGACAUGAUUAUGCAUCCUUCCAUGGGCUUUUCCUUGUUUUGCUUGAUGGAUUGUGUCUAGGGACUGGUAUUUCCAAAGAGGAAGCUGGAGAAUUAAUGGAGAAGUGCCUUUCUUUUCUUGUAAAGCAACUGCAGCUGGAUGGUAGUAUGCUACAAAAAGUUUCAGCUAUGGGAAAUUAUGGUUGGGGCAACCUUGAAACAACUCCAGAUAUUUCUUUAACUGAUGACAUGCUCUGUGACAAUGUCUUCGGUAUCAGUCCAUUUUAUGUUGAAAAAGGUUCUGAAACAUGUGAGACUAGUGGUUUUGAAUUUCUGGCACCAACCACGCGUAGAAAUGCUCUGCGGGUUUUGCGUGCUAUGCAGCUUCCAAAGCCUGUACUAUUGGAGGGCAGUCCUGGUGUUGGUAAAACAAGUUUGAUUAUUGCCUUGGGAAAGUAUUCUGGCCAUAAGGUUGUACGCAUAAACUUAUCUGAGCAGACUGACUUGAUGGAUUUGCUGGGGUCAGACUUACCUGUUGAGAGUGACGAAGGAAUGAAAUUUGCAUGGUCUGAUGGAAUCUUGCUGCAGGCUCUAAAGGAAGGUUGUUGGGUUUUGCUUGAUGAACUUAAUCUUGCUCCACAAUCUGUCCUAGAGGGUCUGAAUGCUAUUCUGGAUCAUCGUGCUGAGGUCUUUAUUCCUGAGCUCGGCCUUACUUUUAAAUGCCCAUCAUCUUUCAGAGUCUUUGCAUGCCAAAAUCCUUUUUCUCAAGGUGGUGGCAGAAAAGGGCUUCCUAAAUCCUUUCUAAAUCGUUUUACUAAGGUUUAUAUAGAUGAGUUAGUUGAAAAUGACUACUUAUUCAUCUCUAGCUCCCUUUAUCCUUCAAUCCCAAGACCUGUGCUUUCAAAAUUAAUCUUAUUCAAUAAAAGAUUACAUGAAGAUACUAUGACAUAUCGCAAGUUUGCCCAGGAAGGCUCACCAUGGGAGUUUAAUUUGCGUGAUGUGAUACGCUCCUGUGACAUUAUUCAAGGUGCUCCAGAGAUGUUAAAGCUUGAUGGUUUUGUUGACAUUCUGUAUGUUCAAAGGAUGCGUACUCCUGCUGACCGGAAGGAAGUUUUACGGCUAUAUCAAGAGGUAUUUGGGGUCAAGCCAUUGAUAAAUCCUUACCCACGAGUACAGCUUAAUACUAAAUACUUGAUCGUGGGGAAUACUGCUGUCAGAAGAAACAGUGUGCGAUUGUCUAAAUUUAAGAGUAAUCAACUGAAUAUUUUGCCUAGUAUUCUCCAUAGUUUGGAAGCUGCCAUGCAUUGUUUACAGCAUCAAUGGUUGUGCAUCUUGGUUGGUCCACCGUCAUCUGGGAAGACCUCAUUGAUAAGAUUAGUAGCCGAGCUGACUGGCAAUGUGCUAAAUGAGCUGAACCUUUCUUCUGUGACUGAUAUAUCAGAAUUACUUGGAUGCUUUGAGCAAUAUGACGCAUGCCGAAACUUUAGGUCUAUUUGUGCUCAUGUUAAGCGCUAUGUUGCUGAAUAUUGCAGUCUCUUGUUGGAAUUUUCAAAGGUGACAUUCUGUGAAAGAAGGGAUUUAAUUGCCAAAUGGCUUGCUUUCUCAUCUAGAAUGGAUUCUAGUUUCUUGUCAAGUUCCACACUUCUGGAAAACUGGCAGAGUCUUGUCAGUUCUCUUACUUUUCUGGUUGAGAUCAUUGAGCAAUUAAAGAUGGAUGUGAUAAACAAUGAUAUACCCGUUUCUUGGUCAAUCAAUGAACUGAGUAGAACCAUGGAAGCAAUUUUGAAGUUGCAAGAAUAUCUGCAAAGAAGGCAGUUUUCAGCAAAGUUUGAAUGGGUUGCUGGAUUACUCAUAAAGGCAAUAGAAAAUGGUGAAUGGGUUGUUCUGGAGAAUGCAAAUCUUUGUAACCCCACGGUUCUUGAUAGGAUCAACUCUUUGGUGGAGCCAUGUGGUACAAUUACAGUGACAGAAUGUGGGAUUGUUGAUGGAAGCUCAGUGGUUCUCCAUCCACACCCCAACUUUCGAUUAUUCCUCACAGUUGAUCCGAGCUAUGGUGAAGUAUCUCGAGCAAUGCGAAAUAGGGGAGUUGAAAUAUUUAUGAUGCAACCUUAUUGGCUGCUUGACGAGGGAAGUCGUGCAGAGUUCGAAUUAAAGGAUGUGAAAAGAUUUAUUGUGUUAUCUGGUGUUCCUGUUGGUGGAUUGGUUGAAUCAAUGGCUAAUGCUCAUGUCUAUGCUAGGGACGAAGGUAUACGCCUUAAUGUUCAAAUUACAUAUCUUGAGCUUGCACGCUGGAUUACGUUAUUCCAACAGCUUCUUGUGAAUGGUAGCCAGCCUAUUUGGAGUCUUCAGAAGAGCUGGGAGCAUACAUAUCUGUCCACCUUAGGUGAGGCUGUUGGAUGGGAUAUAAUCAAUCAUGCGAAAAUUGCAUUCUUAUCAGCAACACCACAGUCAGGAUCAGAUUUGCCAGUUGAAUUAUCUUUGAAUUUUCCUGGAUGGCCAAUGCUAUUGAAAAUGGAGGAUUUUAUAUUUUACUCGAAGGAAGCUUCUGUUAAAAAGAACUGCAUGCAUUUGCAGUACCUUAUAUCUCAGUAUGAAUUUAGUUCAUUGUUGAUGAAAGAUGGCUUUGACCAAGGCUUUUCUAGCACCAAGUUGAUUGAUUUGAGGAUGAUACAGCAAUUCAUGUUUCCUAAGGCUGCAAAUAGGCUAGUUUCUAGCUCAUGUAGGAACACAAAAUUUGACCAGAAGUUGGCUAAGAAGAUGAUACUGUUUGCUGCCAACUGGACUUUUGAACAGGCUACUGAAAUUGAUUGUGGACUAUAUUUUCUCUGGUUUAGCUGGCUUAGCUCCAAACUAGAACAUGGCCAUUUUUUCCAUUCUUUUGGGAAUUUACUCAAACAGGAAUUCGAGCAUUCUAUUUGGAAGUGUAUUUUUCACUGUCACCAUGAGCUUUUGUCUCUUCACCAAAUAGAUUUGCACUUCCGGCCCGUUCCAUUGCUUUCACUGGACUUGGUUGACUUAACUCCACCAAGUGACAUGUUAAAGGCAUCAUGUGAACUUCUCUGUAAUGCUAUUAACGCUGUAGGUGUUCUGAGACUUUCUUAUGAACAGUGGAAUAUUCAAAGUGGAUAUGACUAUAGUAACGAAGCCCAAUGUUUCAAACUGGUCUUGGAGUCUCUGCAAGGGCUGGAGAGAGAAAUCCUUGAUAUGCUGGUUACAUCUCCAUCAUAUGAUGUACUGAUUAAAUUAUACAUAAAGCUUCUUGAUGACCACAUAGUCUUUUGGAAAGCUUUUAUCUCAUCGCAGUUUGAGCACCUGCUGUUCUCUUGGAAUUCUUUGGUGAAGGAUGUUUCAAGAUUGUGGGAUUUCUGUCCACAUGCUGUUGAGAAUGUAUUAAUGCUGGGAAAUAAGCAUCUAGAUAAAGAAUUUUAUCAAGGUUCACAACAGUCCUUGCUAUGGGUUCACGGUGGUCAUCCAAUACUACCUCCCUCUGCUAAACUAUAUGACAAACAGCAACAGCUUUUGGGGCUAUGUGAUUCAAUCUGGCAACCACAUGUAAACCCGUAUAAGCAAGUGAAUGAUGAUUGCUUUACUAAGGUAGUUGCCUCCUCUGAUCCUGAACUUCGCUUCCUUGCAGUGCAAGGUAUUUGCAUGUCAUUAUAUCUUACUAGUAAAUGUGAUGAAGAUCAUGACAAAGUUGUGGAGCAGUUAGAGGAGAUGCGACAGAUGCUUUUGGAAAGAUUUGGAUAUGAGAAGUGCAAAUUGGAGGCAAAAUUGCAGUCCUAUGGGAAUUUUAUUCUUGAGGCAGAUUCAGCUACUUGUUGUGUUUUCUUCCCUGAAAUUUUGUGCAUGAAGUCUGGCUUUGCUAGUUGGCAAGAGGCGCUUCCUGUAGUUGACAGCACAAGUUUCUUCCUAGAUAUAGAAUUGCUUCAAAAGCUUUCAAUGGUUGUUUUGAUUGAUCCUACAGAAUUACAGCUGGCGCUUGGAGGUGUAUCUAACAUGCUGGAGUCUGCCUUAAAGUACUCGUUAACCUUUUCUGCAAGACCGCCUCAAAAUUUUGUACCACAUCAAAAUAUUUUAUGGACACUUGAAGCAUGGGCAUCUGUUGAUGCAGUGAAUGCAAAAGUUAUCAGUUAUGUUCUUGAGAUGUGGUUCUGGUGGCAUUCAUCUUUGUGGAACCAUUGCCCUGUUUCUGUUGAGGGCUGCACAAGGGUUGAUGGUUAUGAUAUUCCUAUACCUGCUAUGCUUGCUCAGUCAGUGAAAACAGCAUCUGUCAUUGAUAUCAUGAAAAGUUCAUUUUCUAUCAAGGAUUGUUUUGCGUUUUCGUUGAAACUUAAACUCGCGUCACACAAUCUCUGGCAAAGUCCUCCGACGAAGAACAACUUACCCAGUAUUCUGUUAUCCGUUGCUCGUUCUCUCUUCCAACAGAUUGUACAUGCACACGAAAGAGUGUUAGAUGCUGAUAAAUUUUCUGCAAUUAAAGCCAUCUUCUGCUCCUUCCAGAAGAACAUGAUCACACAAGAUGAGGUGCAAAAUUUGAGGUCACUCCUUGCAUCUUCAAGUGAUCAAAGAUUGAACUCCUUGAUGCAUCCGUUGAUUGAGCCUCUACUUAGAGAGCUAUAUCUUGAUUGCUCGUCCACUGACUUCUAUUUGAAUAUUGGUUAUGCAUGGUUACGGAUUGGGGGGUUGCGCUUUAAUCUCUUACUUGGCUGUCAUCAUAUGGAUCCUGCUAUGAAAUACUCUUUCAAGCACUCACAAUUAGAAGAAAAGAUUUCAUCACUCGAGCUUGAAAUUAAGGUACGACAGGAAUGUGACUAUUUAGCAGGAUGGUUUGGUACGAGAAAAGCUGAUAAGAAGAGAGUCGAAUCAUUACAGAUGCUUGAAGUUGAGCGAAAAAGGCUUCAAAGAAAGAUGGUGUUCCGAAGCAACCCUUCAAAAUUUAGUGCACUUAGAAAAGACUGCAAGGAGUUUUUUAGACGUGUUAUGGUUGUGAUGGAUUUGGUGAGUAAUGUUGAAGUUGUGGAAUUUCAGCAGUUUCUUAUUCAAGUGUCUGACUGGCAGAAAACAGCAACUUGUUUUAUUGAACAAUUAUCAAAUGAUUAUAAGGAAUACAUUGAUGUAGCUCAACCAGUUCAAGUUGCUAUAUAUGAGAUGAAACUGGGCUUAUCAUUGGUUCUCUCUGCUGCCUUGUGGAAAAGAAAUUCAAAUAAGAUUGAGGUGGAUAAUAUGGAGCAAGUCAUGGAAUCGAUUUGUUCAUUUAUGAGAUUCCCAAGGGGAUAUGGACUUGAUUCAAUUUCUUCCAAUGAUAUAUAUGCUCCAUUAAAUUUCUUGGAACAGCAAACAAAUUUGCUGGAAAAGGUGGUUUCCCUUUCAAGUGAUAUUAAUGCUGAAAGAGGGGCAUCUGUCUUGCAACUCAAAACCUCUCUUCAUCUGAAUAUUCUUGUCCAUGUUGCAUAUUUUGUGGCUGAUGCACAAAGGAUUGAUAAUACUUCUUUCAAGUUAUUGGAUAAGAUGUUCAAUGAAUUUGCUAGCAUGUGGAUGGACAUGAAAAUUCAAGUGAAAAGCAAAGAAGGUCAUGAUGGUCAACAAUACAAAUUCAGGCCUCGUGCUUUUGAGAUGAAGCAUGUUAUUGAUGUUGAUAUAUCAACUUCUGGCAAGUUUCUUUCAAAUGAGAAUUUCUCAGAAUGGCUGGAGUUGCUUUCUGAAGAUGAAUGUUUGGAUAAGGUGGAGGCUGGUGCAGAGAAGGAAAAUUUGGAGGAAGAAUGGAACCGUAUGCAGGAAGCGGUGCUCUACCACAUGAUUCAGAUGCACAACCAAUUAUUUGGCUCUAUUAAUCUUGUCUUUCAUCCUGGAACUUUCUGUAUCUCCGAUGUGGAUAGGUUUCUUUUAUUCACCAACUCUUAUUCACUAGGAGCAGGGAUGAUCAGAGGUUUAGGAGGUCUGCUUUCUUCUGGUUUAGAUGCUAAACUAAUGCCAGAGCAUUUACUUCGCCUUUGUUUGGAGCAUGAACAUAUAUUUGUUUCAUCUCGUAAAGCAUCUUCAAGUUACAAGUUUUAUAAGGACUCAAAUGCUUCUGAGAUGGCUAAAAUGGUGAAGUUACUUGUCAAUCUUCAGCACAGAAUUAUUAGCCUUCUGAAUGAGUGGGAAGAUCACCCAGGUCUCCAGAAGAUCAUAGAGGCAAUCGAAUUGCUCCUGGCUAUUCCUAUGGGUACACCUCUAGGCAAGGCUCUUUUAGGAUUGCGCUUCUUACUAAACAGAGUUAGAGUAUUAGAAGAAAAUGGAUCAAAAUCCUCUCUCUCUGACCAACUGGUACCUAUUAUUGCUCUGGUAUGCUCGUGGCAAAAGAUGGAAUUUGAGUCUUGGCCCGCAUUACUUGAUGAGGUUCAGGAUCAAUAUGAGAUAAAUGCUGCAAAGUUGUGGUUUCCCUUAUUUUCAGUUUUGCACCAUAGCCAUGCUGCUGAAGUUCUCGCACACGAGCAGUCUACAAUAGAAAGUUUGGAGGACUUUAUCAACACUUCAAGCAUUGGUGAAUUUAGAAAACGGCUUCUGCUUCUUUUUGCUUUCCUUGGUCAAAUUACUGCUGGUAGAUGCCUAGAAGUUGAAACUUAUUCAAGUCCUUGGCAGGAUAAAAAUAUGGAGAUUUUGUACAAUAUGUUUGGGUACUAUGUUCAAUUCUUGCCACGAAUCUUAGAGCAUAUUGAAGCUAGUAGAAAAAGUAUUGGCAUGGAACUUAAAGAACUUCUGAAGCUGUGUCGCUGGGACAGAGUUGAAGAUUGUUUGUGUGCUAAAAAGUCAAAAACGAACAGACAGAAGCUUAGGAAGCUAAUCCAGAAGUACACAGAUGUACUGCAACAACCUGUAAUGCUUAUUCUGAACCAAGAAGCUGGGCAGAAAGGAAUAGCAAUCAAAUCUCUGCAAGAUCCAAGGCCUCUCAAUAAUAUCUUGGAGGCAAAUGCAGGAUUGUUGAAUAAUGUUCUAGAUGAGUUCAGCAAUAAAGACAGGCUUUUAUGGUUCCCUGAUUGGAUCAAAAAAGUAAAUGGUACUAUUCAGAGUUUAUAUCUUGACAAGACUUCUUCUCAAUUACGCUCUCUUGGUGAUGAAGAUGUUGCAAGUAUAAUACGGCAGUGUUUAGCUUCCCAGUCAGCAUGCUUAUCACAACUGGAACUGUGGAAUGGUGUGCAUCAGACAGUUGAAAAAAUAUGCAGAGCCACAAUUGAUUGUGAUGAACUCUGGAAAGAUAUAGGAAAAAGUAUAGGGAAGAAGAGGGUUUUCUCUGAGCUUCUAAAGCUGUUAGAAAGCAGUGGGUUGCAGAAGCACAAGUUAGAAGUUAUGAGGAUAUCAAACAACUCCAACUGGUUGUUCGUUCAGCCAUCAUAUGAUGUGCAACACUUGUUGCUGAAUCCAAGUAGACUGUCUCAUGGAGCUUCUGUUGCCGGUGGAUUGCAAUGUCAGUCCGAUGAAAAUGUUAGCAGUGAAUGGAAAAUAGUCAAUGAAUUUUACUUUAAGAGCACUGCAUCCGUGCAGCUUCUGCAGAGGAUAUGUCUGAAACCCCAUCAAGAUAUUACCUAUGAGCAGGCUAGUAGGUCUGUCUCUUUCCUGAACCAUCUCAUAGUUAUACAACAGAGUCAACGUGCUGCUGCCUACGGUUUUUCUAAGCAUUUGAAGUGUUUGCGGGAAUCUUUAUGUGCUUUGAAAAAUUUAUAUUCAAGGUGCCCGCUUGGGGACAAUCAAAUAGGAAGUGUUUGCUCUAUUUCACCCAACCAGGAUGCCAUCUUCAAAUGCAUGUGGAAACAGAAGCAAUUGUUUGAUAGUCUAGUUGCCAUGUUGGUGGAGGAAUCACUAUUGCUUAAAACAGUGGAAAGUACCCACUCCAAGUCUUGUCGAAGUGUCAAGCCUGCAACUAAUCAUGUUCUUCAAUUCAUUGAAAAAUUUAUUCCACUCAUGCAGAAAUCUAAGGAAUCACUGGAUAACCAUCUUAUUGGUCAUCUUGGAGUAAUGCAGACUCUUAUGCAGGAAUCAUUAGAUAAAUAUCUUCUUUGCCAUGUUGGCACUAUUUCUCCUCAUCCCAUGCGCCCAUAUGUCAUUUCAAAACAAAUGGAAGAUUUGGUACAUACAAAUUUUCAAGUUAUUAAGGAGUUUGAGGAGCAUCUCAUUGACUUUCACAAGCAAGAUUUGAGUAGAAGCUCAGUCAUAGAGACCCUGCUUCAUCGUUUCGAUAAUGCAUUUGAAAAGUGCAAGUUGUUGGCUGAGGAGCUUGACUUUUCUCUUAAGGAAAAAUCAUUAAACGAAUCAUCAAACACGUCUGAAAAGUCCAACUGCUGCUAUGAGAGUUGUUCCAAGCUUGAUGCAAUGUUUGGUGGAGCCCUCAGAAAAACUUUUGAAGUAUUAGUGAAUGUGCUGAAAAGACAGUGUUCAUUGAGUAGUGAAUGUGCUCUCUCUGAAAAAUUGUCAGAGAAUAUUACCUCAUGGGAGUUUCUAUUUAAAUCAUUAGUGGAGAAUUUAAAUGUGGAGGGAUUGUAUGAUAAUCUUCUCAAAACGAUAUUUUGUGCGGAAAAAAUGAUAAGUCGUUCUGGCUCUGAAGCUUCUCCCCUUUCUUUCCAUCUUGGAGCAUGUUUCGAGCAUCUACAUGCACUUUCAGACCUGGUAUUGACUUUCGGUGAAGGUUUACUUCAAGAUCUUUUAGCCAUGCAUAAAAGGGUAUCCGUAAUGACUCAUGUUCUUGCAAAUGUUUUAGCUUCUUUGUUCUCCAAAGGGUUUGGUAGUCCUGCCAAAGAGGAGGAAGAUGAUGCCAGGAAUGGUAAAUCUCAAGAUGCAACUGGAACUGGCAUGGGUGAAGGCUCGGGAGUUAAUGAUGUCAGUGAACAGAUAACUGAUGAAGAUCAACUUCUUGGGACUUCUGACAAGCCAAGUGAAGAACAAGAUGCCUCAGGUGAUGCUCCAAAUAAGAAUGACAAGGGUAUCGAGAUGGAGCAGGAUUUCACUGCUGAUACAUUUAGUGUUAGUGAGGACUCUGAUGAAGAGAAUGAUGAGGACAGUGAUGAUGGGCAACUGGAGUCUGCAAUGGGGGAAACUGGACCUGACGGGGAAGCCAUUGAUGAGAAACUUUGGGAUAAGGAGGAAGAUGAAAAUCCUAAUAACAGAAAUGAAAAAUAUGAAUCUGGACCAUCAGUAAUAGAAAAGGAUGCAAGCAGUAGAGAGCUUAGAGCCAAGGAGGAGUCUGGUGCUGCUGACGAACAAGGAGAGCUCAAUUCUGAGGAACUUGAUAAACAAAAUGAAGAGGUUGAAAACCAAGAUGGUCUUGGUGAUAGAGAAGAAAGCAUGGAUGGCAUGCACAUGGAUAAAGAAGAAUCAGUUGCUGAUCCAACUGGACUACAGCUUGAGGAGUUGAAAGAAGGGUCUGAUGAGAUAAUGGAUGCGAAUGAAGGAAUGAAUGAAAAAGAAGACUUGGAUUCUAUGGAAGAGAUAGGUCCUGAAGAUGGAAAUGAGUCUGCUGAGAAUGGGAACAGUGGCGAGUCUGCAGAGAGUGGGGACGAUGCUGAAGAAAAUGCAAAUCCUGCUGGUGAAACUAUGGUAGAGGCAGAUGCUGAACAAGCAGGUGGACCAGCUGAAAGCAAUGAUCCUGGCAAGGAUGACAAAGAGAAUUUAGAGAUGAGGUCAAUGGCAUCAAAGCAGGAUUGGUUUGGACAUGGAAUUCCUGACUUGGUUAAUAAUCAUGUGCCAAAUACAGCAUCUGCAACACAACCAAACGGUGACUCACAGGUAUCUGAUUCAAGAAAUGUUGCACCAGAAGAAAAUACGUCCAGUACCAAUGAAGCAUAUAAUGACCUUGGUCCUCUGAAAAGCUUACCUUCGGGUCCUAUAUCUGAGAUGGACUUAACAGUCUAUGAUCCGUCAAAUAAUGGAAAAUUCACUGAUGAUCCACAAAAAACCGAAAUCCCUCAGAAGGAGUCUUCGUCUGUUCAGAAAACCCAACCAAACCCUUACAGGAAUGUUGGUGAUGCACUUGAGGAGUGGAAAGAAAGGGUCAAAGUGUCCGUUGACCUUCAGGCAGACAACAAAGAGGCUCCAGGUGAACUAGAGGACCAGGAUGCUGAUGAAUAUGGAUAUGUUCCUGAGUUUGAAAAGGGAACAGAUCAGACAUUGGGCCCUGCUACUUCUGAGCAGAUUGACACUAAUACCAAUAGUAAUAAGUUGGAUGAGGAUAAUGCUGCAGCUCUAAGAGAUGACAUCACUGAGAUGGAGAUUGAUAAGCAAACUUCUGAUGAAUGGCAUCUCAAACAUCAUGGUUCAAUCCUCAAAAGUAGGACAGAGGAUCAGACGCUAAUGCCUGAUUCUCAGAUUCCUUAUAAGGAGCGAUCCCCAGAAAUUUGUGGUCGUGAUAAUGAUGGCCCUGGAACCCUUUCUGAGAGUUUAAUAUCUGUCAAAAAAUCUUACUUUAAUGAGGAUAUACACCAACUCAGCAAGCUUUCUGUGGAUGACAAUCAGCUAGGAAACGCCCAGGAUCUUGGAGAAUGUUCCCUUGAUAUGAAAAGUAAUGCUACUGCCCUUUGGAGAAGAUACGAGUUGCUCACGACAAGGUUGUCCCAGGAGUUAGCUGAACAAUUGCGUCUUGUUAUGGAACCUACUCUAGCGAGCAAGCUUCAAGGGGAUUAUAAGACUGGCAAGAGAAUCAACAUGAAGAAGGUAAUUCCUUACAUAGCGAGUCACUACCGGAAAGAUAAAAUAUGGCUGAGGCGUACUCGACCUAACAAACGUGACUACCAAGUUAUCAUCGCUGUGGAUGAUUCUCGAAGCAUGUCAGAAAGUUGUUGUGGGGAUGUUGCGGUUGAAUCUUUGGUGACCGUAUGUCGUGCCAUGUCUCAACUGGAAAUGGGAAACUUGGCUGUUGCAAGUUUCGGUAAGAAGGGAAACAUAAGGUUACUGCAUGAUUUUGAUCAGCCCUUUAAUGGGGAGGCUGGGGUCAAGAUAAUCUCCAGUUUGACAUUCAGGCAGGAGAAUACCAUUGCCGAUGAACCAGUUGUUGACCUGUUAACAUAUCUGAACAAAAUGCUUGAUUCUGCAGUUGUGAGAGCACGACUCCCUUCUGGACAGAAUCCACUACAACAGCUUGUUUUGAUCAUUGCAGAUGGCAGGUUCCAUGAAAAGGAGAAAUUAAAACAUUGUGUUAGAGAUUUCUUAAGUCGGAAGCGAAUGGUUGCAUUUCUGCUUCUGGAUAAUCCACAGGAAUCAAUCAUGGAUCAAAUGGAAGCUUCAUUUGCGGGUGAAGGUGAAAAAAGAGUACUUAAAUUCACAAAAUACCUAGACUCUUUUCCCUUCCCAUUUUAUGUUGUACUGAGGAAUAUUGAGGCGCUUCCAAGGACUCUUGCUGAUCUAUUGAGACAGUGGUUUGAGCUUAUGCAGUAUUCAAGGGACUAGAUUGUCUUUCGGGUGGAGAUGGUUUGCCAUCAAUUUUCCUUUGCCUGCAAGAGGCCCCAAUUUUGGAGAUAAAUGUUUCACAACAGUUUCUCAAGGAAAAGAAAAAAAAGGAAAAAAUAGUUGCAUCCUUGAGAUAAACCUUCACUGUGCUGAGAAGGUGGAGGCAAGGAGCCAAUUUUACGGCAUCAUUUGUAUAAUAUAUGAGGGGGAAAAAGAGAGGAAUGGAAUGUAUACUGUUUGAUAAUGUAGUUGAUGUACAGUGGAUGUUGUAAAGUUCCUUAUUUCAUAAAUGUCAAAUAUCCACCACUUUGAGCUUGAGCAA